AUGGAGGGUUAUGGAAGUUCUUACUUAUCAUCUUUGCAAGCAUUCGAAGGGGGUCCUUCGGCAACGCCAUCUAGCAAUCGCGACGUUUUGCCUCUUUCCCAUUCGCAGCCGUUCUCGAGUUCUGCCCGAUCCACACAACUGUUUCCGUCGUUUUCUCUCUCUGCCCACGUAUCCUACCAGCCUGCCGACUCGUCCUCGAGCGAGGUGCCCACGGGUCUUGCCGCGUCAUCUCAGAGCCAAGUCCUUUCUUCCCACGAUGGCUCUGCGGUUUCUGACGUGUCGUCCUGCUGGGACACAGACAGCUUCGCUCUCUCUUCCAGUUACGCUGUCUGUUCCUCCCGCGAACCGCCUUGGCCUCAGGCCCUCGAAGGCCCCGCCGUUCCUCAUUCUCCCUUCCUCCCCUCUCCCUCCUGUUCGCUGUCUUCUUUCCCUUCUUCCGUUCCGUCUCCGACGCCAGCCCCAGUUUCGAGUUCUGCCUCGGAGGCUGUUUCCAGCUCCGUGUUUGCGCCUUGGCUCUCGCGGCGGCAGGUUCCCUCUGGGGCCUUCGACGCCAGCGUAGAUGCGACCUCGGGCCAAGCGACUGCACAACGCAGCGACGCAUCCACUGUCUCGCCGGCGCCUGCGUGCGGAUCCGCGCUCGCCCUGCUUCCUUGCAAGAUCUCUUCGUCCUCGCGGCCUCCGGAAGCGCCCAACCCACUGGGGCAGGCAACAGCGGAUCUGGAACCGGCGGGAGAAAAGCCAGUGUAUGGACACCCGUCGCCAUCGUGUAGCUGGAAUCCGUACUCAUCCGUGCCACCGUACGGCGCGCACGAACCGCCUGUCUCUCCGAGUCCGACCCCGGCGUUCAGCUGCGCCUUUCCUGCGUCUCGCGCCCCAAAGCCUGCCGCUCCAGUUCCAACCGCAGCGGCGACCGACCGGCAGUAUGGAGGAGAGGCCUCGUACGCGCCUUUCGAGGCGUAUCCUGUCUCUUCGAGUCCGUCCUCGACCUACGUGGGGUACUUUGCGGCUGGGCAAGCAGAGCCAAGGGCAACCUGCGACGCAGCGAUGCCGGGGCGACCCAGUCGCCACCGCGUGGCAGGCCCCUCAGCCAGGGCCCUCGAAGAAGACGCACCCCACAAAGGACGCGAGAACUCGGCCUUUUCCCCAGGCAACAAGCUUCCCCUAGAGGUGGCAACGACGUCGUGUGGGUCAGAUGCGAACGCCUCCUUUUCCGUCCAUGCCAACGUUUCAGCUGAGGGCCGAACCGCGGUCGACGCAGCUGUGCCGCUCCCCGCCGCUUCGUUCGAUCCAGCGGUCUCACAGAACGGGCGCAGCUGCUUCACUUUCGGGACCGCGCCAGGGCCUGUCACAGAAGACAGCAGUUCGCCGCCUCCCUGGUGCUCGACAGACUGCGACUGUGGGCCAUCUCAAAACUACGAAGAAAGACGCGCGCCAGGGCCUGUCACGGCCCCCGCCGCAUUUCCUACUUCCCUUCUGCAAAACAGAGACUCCGUUCCCGCUGGGAUGGAUGCCAGGCUCGGGCUUCCGUCCUUUUCUUCGUCGCUUUGCUCUGCUUCCUCGGUGGCCGCGCAGAUCGGCGUCUCGUGUUUCUCGGCCCCCACAACCAGCAGCUUUGACGUUGCCUGCGCCACAACGGAUCUGUCCUUUCAGCACAGCCUGUCUCCUCCGUCGAGCGAGGCGUGUGGGGCCGGGGGAGACACCGGGCAACAUCGCGGUCCUGCUGCGCUGCCCGCUCAACCGGCUCCCGUCUCUGCUCAGGCGCCCUACUCUGCACCGUCGUUUCCUUUGUCGUCCUCUGCCUGUCCUCUUGGUUUUUCGCAUUCGGCGCCGCUGCCCUCUUUCUCGUCCGUUCCCUUCCCGUCUUCGUCUCGCCCUUGGCCUCCAGUCGCUUCGCCCGCGUCUUCCGGUUUCAAACAGUCCGCUCGCCACGUAGAUAGGCACAACGACGUUAGAUCCGCUGGCACAGAAGGCGCGUCUGCCUCUGCGUCGUUCCCCGCCUUUUUCCGGUCUUCUCCUUCUUCGUCGACUUCGCUGCUGCAGGCAGCCGCGACGCUCGGCAGCCUCUGGUGGCGCUCGACGUGCGUCGAGGCGGAGGCGGAUGGACGAAGAAGGAGAGGGGCGAGCCUGACCAAGGCCGUGCGGCCGUGCGAAGGCGAGAAGAAGAGAGACGAGAAAAACGCAGAAAAGCCUGAACUUCCCGGGCUUCGAGAAAAGGUCAGACUCCGCACCGCCGUUCAUGCAGGAGGCCGGGAAGCCACCGGGCUGAGCGCCUUCGAACAGGCAGAAACGGACGAGGGAAACUCGCUCGGAGACAGCCAGGCAGAAGGCGCACCGGCCGGGGGCCGCCAGGCCAACGUGGAGUGUCGGGUGGGGACUGGCCCGGAGGAAGAAGAGCGCCGGCGGGGAAGAGAAGAGAACGAGAAAACGCACUUUGAAAUGUGCAGGAAGACCAGAGAAGGAGACCCAGGCGGAGAAGGUGAACCAGGAGAGGACGAGGCAGAUCGGGAGACAGCCAACCUGGAGAGAGAAAACACGGCCAGAGAAAACACGGCCAGAGAAAACACUGAGGGAGAAGGAACGGACAACGCGACCGCCGGUGCAGGUCGAGCCCGCGUGAGUUGCUUUGAAGGCGGGUGGGGGGCCACGCUGGCGGCGGGGCCCGCUCCGGAUGGAGACAGUCGCCCGCACACAAGGCCGCGGGAGGCCGACGGAGAGACACAAGAGAGAGCCUUGGACUGGCGGAAGAGACGCGAGGACAGCUCCAGCGUCUUGACUGCACGGUGCCCUCGAACAGGGGGCGAAGGGACUUCUAGAGAGAAGCGCGGGAACAGCGGCGAGGCGUCGCGAGACGUGGGGCCUGAACAAGAAAGUUCUGAGGAGGAGCAGGACCACGAGGAGCGAGGAACAACAGCCAAAGCAGAAGGGGGAUAUCCCACUGACGACCAGAAGCGGGAGGCCGGGUCUCCCUCUGCCUAUUCGCCUUUCUCCUCUUCGCUCCCGUUUGUGGUAUCUCCGUCUCCGCAGCCGGAGACUUCAGCCGCUGGCGAUGCGCUGGAAGCUCGCGACAAGAAGGGCGAAGCAGCGACGCUGGAGGAAACACCGCACUCUCCGCGGGCUUCGAUCGCGUCUUCGCCGACCUUUUCGGCAGAUUCCUUUUCUCUUUCGCCGAGCAGAAUUCCCCGUUCUUCUCCCCUUCCGGGCUGGGGCCUCGCCAUGAUGCGGCGCCUCUUGGCGGGUGCCAUGUCCGACAUCGACGGCGAGGAAGACAGCGACUUCUCGCUCUCGGAGGACGAGGGAGAAGACGACUGCUUCGAGGACGAAGAGUUCGAAGCAGAGGAUCUGGCUGGGACGCCCCGUUCCAGCAAACGGGAGCGAAAGACGUCGCUUGGCUGCGCCUUCGCGCCGCAGUCGCUCUUGACGGGUCACUUCCCUAGUGAAGAAGAAGACUCUGACUACACCGCGCCCAGUGGCGAGGACAGCGCCUCUUCUCUGUCGUCUGGAGGUUCGAGCAGGGCGACCAGCCCGAGUUUCUCUUCGCGAUCGCCCGCGACUUCGCCGUCGCUUUCGCCUGCCUCGCCGUUGUCUGCGAGUCCCCUCUCUCCAGUGAAGACGCGAGGGCCCCGCCCGAGGGCGAGACGGCCGCGCUCCCUGUUGCGUGCCUCGUGUGCGUCUUCAAGUCGCGACCUGAGCCCAACUGCGAGUGAGGGAACCCCGCGCGGCAAGCGGACGCGUAAAGGGAGAAGGACGUGCGGCGCGUCAGAGCGGAGACGGAAGAGGAGGUGUCUCGAGUCCCGACAGAAAGGAAAUGUCUCUUUGUCUUUGGGCGAGAGUGACGAGGCAGCCGAAGCCGGAUCCUUGCCGUCGCGAGAGAGACGAACGGGCGCGUCCCGGCUCCAAGCCACUCGGAAGCAACGGCCGAAGCACCGGUCGCGAACUCGAGGGAAGUCAUUCUCGCCCUUUUCCUCCUGCGCCGCUUUCCCCUCGUCGCUGCCGUCACCCUCCUCCUUCUGGAGUGGUGGACACUGUGGCUCUGCGGAGCGGUCUCGAGUCGCGUCAAAGAAGGCGAAGAAGGAAGGCGCAAGCACUUCGCUGUGCUCGGACAUCCAGACGGCGUCCGCCUCGGUGGUACCGCCGCCCUUCCCUCUCGCGCACGUCGCCCAUCUGGUGCCCCAGCUGAAGAACGAAGCGAGCUCUUCGACCGACAGCUUCUCUCCGAUUCUGAACGGUUUCUCGGCUCGACAGCUGCGCCGACUCAAGGGCCAGAUGGACUUGUAUGUGCAACUCCUCAUGCAGACGAUCUACGUGAUCCGCAACCGGUGCUACGGAGACGACGAGCGCGACAGAGAAGCAGAGAGAGAAGAAGACAGAGGCGAGGGCGAAGGAGAGAGAGAAGAUAGAGGAGCGAGAGGAGGGAGCGACGGCGAAGCAGAGAGGCGCGAACAAGGUAACAGCGGGUUGAGAGAAGCAAACAUGACGGAACAGAAGGACGCGGAGGGAGCGGAGCGGAGGGAAGGAGUCAAGGAGACGAGGGAAACGAAGAGGCAGUCCGGGGAGAAACUCAUGAGAAGAGCCAUGAUGUGCUGCGACCGGCUGAUUCGGGGACGCCUAGAACAAGUGAACGAGCUUCGAGCGCGGCAGGACCUCGCGCCCUUGGAGCUUCAGGAGCGCUUGCCAUUUCUCGAGACGCCGUCGCCGGUCGCCCGGACAGGCCUGUUCGCCCUCCCGCUCGCGUCUGCCUCGCCCUUUUCUCCCGGCGCUGGCUCCGCCUCCUCGCUUCUCGCAGCGUCUCCGGUCGGCCGCGUGGUGGACGACAGCAGCGGCCUGGUGCCCUUCUCGGGCCUGGCGACGCGGACGGCGGCGAUAAGCGAGGGCGAGGGGCCUCGGUGUUCCCUCCUCGACUUCCCGCUCCUCAGGAAAAUAAAGCAGUUUCUGCUGCUUCUCGAGGACCGAGACUCCCGGUUUCCCCGACCGCUAGAAGAAUUCCUCCGUCUGCAGCAGCCCUUUGUUGACCCUGCCUUCCUCACGGGCUGCUACCAGAAAAAACGAAAACAGGUGCCCGGGGCUCGGGGGCCGGGAGGGGCGCUGUCGUCCUCGUCGAGCGCUCGGGAGUCGACAGCAGACGGCCCCGGAAAGAAGGGCGACGAGAGAAACGGAGAAGCAAAUGGCGGCGAGUGA